UACCAAAAAGCCACUGCUAUGCGCCAAAAGAACACAGCUAACAAAUCUAGAGGCACAAAAUGGGAACUCAGCUUUGGAUGUUAUGUUCUGUUUUGUUUGUCCUCUGUUUUCGCGAGGCAGAACUAAGAGUGUUUCUAUCAGGUCAAGAAGCAAAUAACAUAAUUACUAGAUCAAAACGUGCCGGUUUCAUUAUUCUUGAGGAAAUUCUCCAAGGUAAUCUGGAAAGAGAAUGUCUUGAAGAAAGAUGUUCAUAUGAAGAAGCAAGAGAAGUAUUUGAAGACACAGAAAAAACAGACAAAUUUUGGAAUAGUUAUUUUGGUGGUCAACAGUGCUCUUCAAAUCCUUGCUUGCACAAUGGUGUGUGCAAUGACAACAUUCGUAGUUACACAUGCACUUGUGGUGACGGCUAUGAAGGAAGCAACUGUGCCUUUGCCAAAAAUGAGUGCCUCCAUGAAAUGAAUGAGGGUUGCCAUCACUUUUGCUAUCCAGAAGCGAAGUCCUACCGCUGCUCAUGUGCACAAGGCUACAGACUUAUGGAAGGCAAAACCUGCGUUCCCCUAGAUCAGUGUGCAUGUGGCAGAUUUAAAGGAAACAUGGAAACAAAGCUAACUGCAGCUGAGAACAUCAGCAGAGGAUUCCCUUGGCAGGUCCUGCUCUUAAGCUCUGAGGGAGAAAGAUUGUGCGGAGGUGUUCUACUGAAAACAAACUUCAUACUGACUACAGCUGACUGUGCAGUGCUGUCUCCAAUCAGUGCUGUGAUUGGAAAUGACAGACGGCAAGCAGCCAGACAAUUAAUGUAUGUGAAACAGGUAAACAUACAUCCCCGUUAUGACAACACCACCAGCAAGAACAACUUGGCAUUGCUACAACUUGGAACUCCUAGUGCCUGCAAUGGCUCCCAGUUACCCAUAUGCCUUCCAGAGAAGGACUUUGCAGAGCAUGUAUUGAUUUCAGAACAGGCAGCCACUCUCAGCGGGUGGAAAAUGGAGGGAGACGAUGCAACUGAUUCACUAGCUGAAUUUACAGUUCUGUUUCUCCAUGAAAAUGAAUGCACACAAACACUCAACAGAACUCUGAUAACCAGGGAAUUCUGUGGAUACACUUCUGUGACAACAAAAGAACAACUGGCUGGUGGGAGUUUCAGUUCUGUUAACUAUAAAGGCACCUGGUUUCUGACGGGCAUAUUAGAAUCACAAGCAACAGAAGCAAGUAAGUGGGAAACAUUUGUAUUCACCAAGAUUUCAAGAUACAUGAUGUGGUUCAAACAGAUAAUGGAGUAAUCAAAGGCAGCAACCAAGGAGUACAUAAAUUGGCAAGAUUCAGUAUUUAUACAGGUUGCUGCUGAAAAUGUGUAUGCUUACCAAUUAAAAUAAGAAAAAUGGUCCUCAUCUCUGUUCUUGGUUAAAAUCACUGGUUUUUCUACAUGGGGUUCUAUAAUACACAGGCCCUUUUCACAUUACUGUUCUAAGUUGGAUGUUAUUCAUUGUUGGCCCAAUUCUGAGUAAAGCAAUUGAGGUUCGGGGGGUUUCGUACAGCAAAUUUCCUUCUGUUAAUGAGCCAUCUUUGAAGUUCUAUGGUCAUUUCAAACAAUGCUGUUUCCCUGCCACUCUUUUUUACAGCAUGAUCUUCCUUGGACUUUUUUUUAACAUUCUAAGUUGAGCAUUAUAGUGCUAAAGCAUUAUAGCACUUCAGUGCUAUAGCAAAACCACUGAGAUUCUUUGACUCCCUUGAGUCUAGGUAUCUCAGUGUUGCCACUAUAACACUGAAGUGCUAUACUGGUUCGCACUAUAGUGCUCAUCUUAGAAUGUUAAAAAAGGGAUAGGCCAGGCAAGCCUGAUCUCAUCAGAUCUCAGAAGCUAAGCAGGGCCAACCCUGGCAAAUACUUGGAAGGGAGACCUCCAAAGGAAUACCAGACCUGGGACAUAGAAGCAGGCACAUCAAGCCACCUCUCUUAAAAUGUCCCAGCCCCACUAGGAUCACCAGAAGUCACUGUGACUUCCAGGUACGCAAGCACAAAUACACACACUUUUUGAAAAAUGUCUGAGGAAGUCCAGGUGGCAAAAAAGGCAGGGGAAAAGGCAACAUUGAAGGAAGUGCUAUGGAUAUUUUAAACAGCAUACCAUAGCUGUUUAUACUCUCAGUGAGUAUAGCUAUACAUCCACAGUAUUCCAAUGUGUUUCUCUUUUAGAAUUGUGUAUCAGUAUAAUUAUUUGUAUUGACAUACUCAAAAUAGGGAUAUUGGCUGUAUAUCUCAUUACAUAUACUUUACCCAUUUUCACUAUAUUUUAUUGUAUUCCUUUUUCCUAUGGGAAACCAGAAUGAUGUUUACAUGUUAAAAAUAAAUUAGGCGAACAAGAACAUCACUAUCCAAUGUAUUUCUCUUUUAGCUGUAUCGACACACUCAAACAGGGACUUUGGUUGCUUAUCCCAUUACAUAUUAUAUUGAACCCAUCUCCCAUCGUCAUUGACAGACAAUCUCACAUUUUGACAUACUACUGUUUUGUUGCUUUUGCAUGCUCAUGCUACUCAGAUCAAAGGUUUGCUCAAUUUGUUAAUUUUACUGCAUACUGUUUUGUUGCUUUUGCAUGCUCAUGCUACUCAGAUCAAAGGUUUGCUCAAUUUGUUAAUUUUACUGUUCUGUCAUUGUACCAUUUUACAUUCUAAACCACUGCCUACCAGAUAAUUUUACUUCACUGUCAUGGGUUCUUAAAUCUGUACCAUGUUGCAUUCUGGGCCACUGCCUACCAGCUAUGUAUGGCUCUGCUCAGCUAUGUACGGCUUUGCUCACUGUGCUGGAUUCCUCGUCUGAUGAAGUGUGCUUAAGAGCACACGAAAGCUUACGUUCUAAAUAAAAACUGGUUGGUCUUAAAGGUG